AACAACCUUAACUUAGUUUUUCAUAUAGAAACCUCUAGAGAGAAGAUGAACAAAGAGGAAGCAGCAAUACCACUGCUUCUAACAAGAAGAGAAGAAGAAGAAAAAGAGGUGAACAAGAAUAGUAAUAAUAAUAAUAAUAAUAAUAAUGGGGUGGUGGAGAGUGCAUUAUUUUGGCAAGAGUUAAAGAGGGUAGGAUCCAUGGCUGCUCCAAUGGUGGCUGUGACUGUGUCUCAGUACCUUCUACAAGUUGUGUCUAUGAUGAUGGUUGGCCAUCUUGGUGUACUUGUAACCUUCUCUGGUGUUGCCAUUGCUACUUCUUUUGCUGAAGUUACUGGCUUCAGUAUCCUUAUAGGGAUGGCUGGUGCAUUAGAAACCUUAUGUGGCCAAACCUAUGGUGCUGAAGAAUUCAGAAGUCUUGGAAACUACACUUGUUGUGCAAUUGGUACUCUAACUCUGGUUUGUCUCCCCAUAUCUCUGAUAUGGAUAUUCAUGGACAAGAUACUAUUGCUUUUUGGCCAAGACCCUGCGAUUUCCCUCGCGGCUCGCGAGUACUGUAUAUGCCUAAUCCCAGCGCUGUACGGCUACGCCGUCCUUCAAGCCAUGACUCGAUACUUCCAGACUCAGAGUAUGAUCUAUCCCAUGGUUUUCAGCUCUGUCGCGGCUCUGUGUUUUCAUGUACCUAUUUGUUGGGGUCUGGUGUUUAAAUUUGGACUAGGACACAUUGGAGCAGCAUUUGCUAUUGCAAUUUCAUAUUGGUUGAAUGCCAUUGGCCUUGUUGUUUACAUGAAGUGUUCAUCAUCAUGUGAGAAAUCCAAGAUUGUGUUUUCUAGUAAUGCUUUAAAAUGCAUUUCUGAGUUCUUGCAAUAUGCUAUCCCUUCUGGACUCAUGUUUUGUUUUGAAUGGUGGUCAUUUGAGCUUCUUACAUUAUUUGCUGGUCUCCUACCUAAUCCUCAACUAGAAACCUCAAUUCUUUCGGUCUGCCUUAACACUACUACAUUGCACUUCUUCAUUCCUUAUGCUAUUGGAGCUUCUGCAAGCACUCGCGUGUCGAAUGAAUUAGGAGCAGGGAAUCCGAAGGCGGCUAAAGGAAUCAUUCGUGUGAUUGUUACAGUUGCAGUUACAGAGGCAGUUAUUGUAAGCAGCUUCUUCAUAUGUUUCAGGAAUGUGUUAGGAAAUGCUUACAGCAAUGACAUGCAAGUUAUAGAAAAUGUUGCAAAAAUGGCUCCUCUUCUUUGUGUUUCUGUUAUUGCUGAUAGUCUAAUAGGAGUUCUUUCUGGGGUUGCAAGAGGUGGAGGAUUUCAACAAAUAGGAGCUUAUGUGAACCUUGGAGCUUAUUAUCUUGUUGGAGCUCCAAUUGCAUUGUUCUUGGGAUUUGGCCUAAAACUCAAUGCUAAGGGACUCUGGAUGGGAACUUUAUCUGGCUCUUGUCUAGUAGUAAUUAUACUUGCUAUUGUAACAGCAUUAACAGAUUGGGAAAAAGAGGCAACAAAAGCAAGAGAGAGAAUAGCUGAGAACUCAAUUAAAGGUGGUGAUGUAUCUGUAUCAGUAUGAGAUCAGAAAAGAAAUACUGAAAUUUUGAUGUCAAUUUUUGGUUUUUGCUAUUUAUUUUUAUUUUUUUGGUAAUUUUUUUAUGUGACUGGAGAUUGGAGAAGUGUACUCUAAUUAUGUUAACAGAAAAAUGGGAAACUUUAUUUUUAUGGUAAUUUUUUAAUGUAAGCAUGUAACAGAUCCGAGAAUUGAGUUGUAAUGUGACUGAUAAGGCUUUUUCAUGAGCAUUAAUGUAU